UAUUAUCCGAAAACACUUCUCACUUUUCAGAAUUGUUCAUAGUGCUCAACAGUGUUCAAUGUGCUGUCUUGCAGGGCGCUAGUUGUUCAAUAGUCCUUGCACGUAUGUACACACAUACAUACACUUAACAAGAUGAUGCUUAGUGGCAACAAAAAAUUAGGAUCUCGACAACGGUCUGUACGUCAGUGAUUCAGUCUGGAUAUAAUGCCGCUCGCUACGGUAACAGUGCCCUGGAGCGAACUCCAGGCACCCGAGAAGCAACAAUCCGAGAUUUUGCCUGCUAUUGAGGAAACCAUGAGCUUGCAGAGUGACACGCAUGAAUCACGUUGUAAUAGUUAUGCCGAAACCCAUGAGAUUGAACUCAGAGAGGUGUCACGGGAUGGAUAUGACAAGGCGUAUCCUGCUCAAUUUGAACUUCUCAAAGUUCUAGGUCAAGGAUCUUUUGGCAAGGUGUUUCUGGUACGAAAAGUGGUUGGCAAGGAUAGUGGAAGUCUCUAUGCCAUGAAAGUUUUGAAAAAAGCUACUCUGAAAGUUCGCGACCGGGUAAGGACCAAAAUGGAACGAAACAUUCUUGUAGACGUCGAACACCCCUUCAUCGUGAGGUUACAUUAUGCCUUCCAAACUGAAGGGAAACUCUAUCUUAUUCUGGAUUUUCUACGCGGCGGUGAUCUAUUCACCAGAUUGUCUAAAGAGGUGAUGUUCACAGAAGAAGAUGUGAAGUUCUAUUUAGCCGAACUUGCCCUUGCUCUAGGCCAUAUUCACAGUCUCGGCAUUAUCUACAGGGAUCUAAAGCCAGAAAACAUAUUACUGGAUGCCGAUGGACACAUUUCGUUGACGGAUUUCGGAUUGAGCAAGCAGCCCCUCGACGACACCAAGACUUAUUCCUUUUGCGGGACGGUCGAGUACAUGGCCCCGGAAGUUGUAAAUCGUAAGGGGCACUCGUUCGCUGCGGACUGGUGGAGUUUUGGCGUUUUAAUGUUCGAGAUGCUUACUGGUGCCCUUCCUUUUCAAGGAGCCAACCGUAAGGAAACAAUGACACAAAUAUUGAAGGCAAAAUUGGGAAUGCCACAUUACAUAUCGACUGAAGCCCAAGCCCUGCUUCGUGUUUUAUUUAAAAGAAAUCCUGCAAACAGGCUUGGAUCUGGUGGCGUCGAGGAGAUCAAGAGUCACAUGUUCUUCACGUCUAUAGAUUGGGGGGCAUUGUUCGAAAAGAAAGUGAAACCACCUUUCAAGCCUGCCGUCAGUAGAGAAGACGAGGCGUUUUACUUCGAUAGUGAAUUCACAUGUAAAACCCCAAAAGAUUCACCAGGAGUCCCGCCAAGUGCAAAUGCUCAUGAGCUGUUCCGAGGGUUCAGCUUUGUCGCUCCAUGCUUACUGGACGAACGUGCAAAAACGUCAUCGACGACCCUGACAGUGUCCAUGUCUCCGCCGCUGUCAACAGUUGUCGGUACCGGUGAAUCGCAGUGCAACGCUUUACCUGGGCAUAUAAAUAGAGCUGCCAUCACGGACGAAUACGAUUUGAAAGAAGCUAUCGGUAGGGGUAGCUACAGUAUUGUUUAUCGCGCCGUACAUAAGGGUACGCGCGUCGAGUAUGCUGUGAAGGUGAUUGACAAGUCGAAGAGGGAUCCUUCCGAAGAGGUCGAGAUACUGCUACGGUACGGAAGGCAUCCUCACAUUGUGUCUUUGCGAUCGGUACACGAAGACGAGGGACGCGUAUAUCUUGUUCUUGAGUUACUGCGGGGAGGCGAGUUACUUGAUCGUAUCCUCGAACGGCGUAACCUCACCGAAAGGGAAGCUGCCGAAGUAACGCACACAAUCGCCGACGUGGUACACUAUCUUCACGAGAAUGGGGUGGUCCAUCGGGAUUUGAAACCAUCGAACAUAUUGUACGCGAAGGAAGGAAGCGAUCCAACGUCACUUUGUAUAUGCGACCUGGGUUUUGCCAAGCAAUUACGUGCAGAAAAUGGCCUAUUAAUGACGCCUUGCUACACUGCAAAUUUCGUUGCCCCUGAAGUGCUAAAGAGGCAGGGCUACGACGCCGCUUGUGACAUAUGGUCACUCGGCGUACUUCUUUACAUCAUGUUGUCCGGGUGUACUCCGUUUGCAAAUAGUUCCGGGGACAGUGCUACCGAGAUACUUGAUCGAAUAGGGCCAGGUCUCGUGGAUGUUGAAACAGGAGCAUGGACCGUGGUUUCGAGCGAGGCGAAAGAACUGGUCCGAAGAAUGUUACACCUGGAUCCAGCCAAGCGGCCUACCGCAUCGGGAAUCUUGCAGUAUCCCUGGAUAGCGAAUCGGCAUCGGCUUCCUCACAAGGUCCUGCCUCCUGUAACUAGGGACCUUCGUACAUUGAAGAGUGCCGUUGCAGCAACCUACAAAGCUAUAUCAAGUAGCCCCCGAUCACCGCACAUCGGCCCUAUUGUACUAUCUGAACUUGCACGCCGGCGAACCCAGACUAAACCGACGAUGGUCGUUGGUAUUCCCAAUGCUACUGUGCAUAAAUAAUGUUGAACAAGUAUCGAAUAUAAUACAUAUAUUUUCAGCAGAGGUAAUUCAAAAAUUAGAGAAAACAAUCUCGUUCAUGAAAUGUAAACUGUACAAAACAUCGAGGAAAUAAAUUCUUACUAUCUAAAAUG